CCUCAUAUGAAUGAUAAAUAUCUAAACUUUGACCUAAUCCGUCUCCUGUGGCUACCCAUCGAACCUUGCCAUCACCCGCUUCGUGCGCCUCUCCGAAUCGGCUCAUCUAUCUCUCCAUCGUCGGUUCGUAACCCUUUUUGGCCGAUUCUCUCAUCUGCAGCUCUUCAAUUCCUCACAUAUCUACCUGAUGUUCUUUGGAAAUUCAUAUGCAAUAUUCGAUUUUGUGAAAAGGGUCAGAAUUAUUUGACCUAAUUGUGAAAAGGGAAAAUGUCUCUGUUACAGAAAAGCGAUUUGAUCCAUAUUCGCGAGGUUUGGGAUUAUAACCUAGAGGAAGAAUUUGCUCUGAUUCGUGAACUAGUUGAUGAUUAUCCAAUCAUAGCAAUGGAUACAGAGUUCCCUGGUAUUGUACUUCGUCCAGUUGGUAAUUUCAAAAACAGUAACGAUUAUCAUUACCAGACAUUGAAAGACAAUGUAGAUUUGUUAAAAUUGAUUCAAUUAGGUUUAACAUUCUCUGACGAGCAAGGUAAUUUACCCACCUGUGGCACGGGUAAGAGCUGUGUAUGGCAGUUCAAUUUCCGCGAAUUCAAUGUACAUGAAGAUGUCUACGCCAACGAUUCAAUUGAGCUGUUGAAACACAGCGGAAUCGACUUCACCAAGAACAACGAGAACGGAAUAAACUCUAACAGAUUCGCGGAGCUCUUGAUGUCAUCUGGGGUUGUAUUGAAUGAUAAUGUGUAUUGGGUAACAUUCCAUAGUGGAUACGAUUUUGGAUAUUUGCUUAAGGUUUUGACUUGUCAAAAUCUACCCGAAACUCAAGCUGGUUUCUUUGAAUUGAUAAACAUGUAUUUUCCAGUUCUGUAUGAUAUUAAGCACUUGAUGAAGUUCUGUAAUAGUCUUCAUGGUGGAUUGAACAAGCUGGCUGAGCUAUUGGAGGUAGAACGAGUUGGAAUUUGUCACCAAGCUGGUUCGGAUAGUUUGCUCACGGCUACUACCUUUAGGAAGUUGAAAGAGAACUUCUUUAGCGGUUCGCUUGAUAUGUAUGCGGGUGUUUUGUAUGGUUUAGGGGUCGAGAAUUGAGUGAAAAGAAAGAUUAGUUUAUAUGAGAUAUUGUUGAGUAUAUUUUUUUUUUUACAGUUUACAGUUAAGAUUGCAUACUUUUGGCAACAUUGUCUCUUCUAAAUCUUUUAUAAUAUCAUCAUUCAAAAUC